AUGGCCCAGUCUGUGGUAUUUUCUUCUGGCAGCACAAAUGGACACCCAGGAACUGAUGCAUGCAUCUUCUGACUCCUUUGGUUCCAAAAUACAAGUCAGCUCAUGCUAGUAAGUGCCUGUGUGACUGCCAACUUCCCAAUAGUAUCAAGAGAAGCUGGACAAGUCAGAAUUUCAUAUCACCUAUCCAGGAUCACCUCCAUAAACACACACACACACACACACACACACACACACACACACACACAGUGCUUUCAUUUGUCACAGAAAGAUUCCACAGUGCAUUAUCAAUACUAUUUAAUGAUUGUAUAACAAUCCAUCUGGAUCGUGUGCCAUUUUGCACAGACAUUCUAUGCUUGGACAUUUAUGUUACUUCCAGCUUUUUCCAAUUACAAAUAAUUUAGAAGGCAUCAUGGUGCAUAUAGUUUUUUCCAUAUAUAUGAUUACUUCCUUAGAUUACAUUCUCGGAAGUGGAAUUAUUGGGACCUUAGCUUUUAAUAAAAUAUAUGGCCAGGUUUUCAAAACGGGAUACCAAAGUAUUCUAAAGGAAUUUUUUUUCUCUGGGUCUUAAUGGGUUUUAAGAAUCACAUUGGAGUUCAUCAGUGUCAAUGUCACAGCAAAUGCAAGGCUUUCAUUUCUGUUAACUAUCAAAGCUGAGAGUCCAAAAUUGAAAGGGACUAAAACAAAACUAUUCUAUGGAAUUAUAAGCAAACAAAGACCAACAAUACUUUUCAUGUUCUAAUGUAAUAGAAAGUUAGAUAGGUUCUAAUUAUCCCUAGUUUCAAAUUAGAGAUAUACAAUAGGUUGCAUAUCCUUAAUUUGAAAAUCUGAAAUCAGAAAUGCUCUGAGAUUGGAAACUUUUUGAGUGCUGAUAUGACACUCAAACCCUCACUGGAGCAUUUUGGAUUUCAGAUUUUCUGGAUUAGGGAUGCUUAACUGGUAAGUAUGAUGCAAAUAUUCCAAAAUGCAAAAUCUGAAACACUUCUGGUCCCAAGCAUUUUAGAUAAGGGAUACUCAACUUGUAUUUAAGAUCUCUGAGGGGAAUAGGUAAGAAAUACUUUUAUAGUGUUUCACACCCAGUCUUUGGAUAGCAGCUGGAUACAUUUCCUGGCAAGAUUCUAGAGCUGCUCUUACUCUAAUGCUCUCCAAAGAAGCCAGCUGGUUUGGUGUCAAAUGAAUAGACAGCAAGGCUGACAUUCUAUUGUAAAUGUCUUUUCUUGAAUGGGGGUCAGCUAGGCAGCAUGCAGGGAAUUUUUUUUGGUCCCCAUAAUAUAACUUCGGAAUUACAAGCACACAAUUGAAACCCCAGGAUUCCACAUGACGUUUAUUUCCAUUUGGGUCACGUAAGAACUGCAUCACAGUCUUAAAAGAAUUGUAUCAUAUCUUUUAUGUAGUAGCUGAUUUUGAGCAGCCCUGACUUUCUCAUGCCUAAUAAGUCUUCACUGCAAAAUGCACUUUCUAGGGAACAUUAUUGAAUGAGCUAUUUUAAUAUAACUAUUUGAAUUUUAAAGAGUAUCUACUGAAAACAUUUUGGCAACAUAAAUAUUGAAUUUAUGAAAGCAUGACAUCUACAUAGAAUCAUUUGUUUCCUAUUUGCAAUACAUGGUAUUGUGUUACUUAGGUUAAAAACCUAAAGAAGGGGGUGGGUCUAAGAGAACCUAUGGUAGCAUAAUGUAAGGCCCAAAUCUGAUUGUCAAGAGACUGUCUUUACCCACUUUGUCACAGUUUUGUAGAAAUACAGGCUUCAUAGAAGCAUAUUUGUCUAAAUGUAUUUUGGGACCAUUGCUGAUUUCUGUCCAGAAAGGGAAAAUAGUUGAAUAAAUGCUAAAAGUCAUAACCUGGUCAGGGGCUGGUUUUUGGUUUUUUUUCUAGCAAAGUAAAAGAAUAUCGUAGUGAUGAACUGUGGGAUAGUUCUGUUUUAAACCAGCUAAUCUUGUCCUUCAUGCAAGAUAUAGUCAGAGAUCCAGACUUCUGUUUGUUAAGUUGUGAUGGGCAAAAGUACUUACCAAAGGGUGCUCUUUAGUAAGAAUGGAAUGGAACCCAGAAGAAAGGAGUGGUAUACAAAAAGCAGUGGUGAGCAAAUAUGUUGGUAAACACAUUGGCAAGUUUUAAGUAAAUAUAGAUUUGGGGGUGAGGAGUGGAGAGUGGUUAAAACAAGGUGGAAAUAAAAUAGUAGAUAAUCAUGUGGGACAUGGGAGAUCAGAAUAUCAAGGCAUUCUGAAGCUCUUGGUAUUAGUAUUGUUUGGGAGGCAUCGACCUACUUUGAACUCUUAAGAAUCCAUUUUAAGGUUUUAAAGGCAAAUUUUAGUGAACACCUGUUUCCAGAAAAUGGGUUUCAGGAAAACUUGAUAAAGCCACUGAGGCAGAAAAGAUUAGAAAAACAAGGAAAAGCAUGGUGAAUAGAAAAUACGAAAUAAGAUGGUCCAAUAACCCCAAAUAUAUCAAUAAUCACUAUCCCUAUAAAUGAUUAAACUGAACUCUUAAGAGUAGCUAGUGUUUAUUAAGUGUGUAGUACGUGCCAGGGCUAAGGGCUUUGCCAGUGUUAACUCAGUCAUUGCAACAACCCUGUUUUAUAGAUAAGGAAACCAGGACAAAGGUUAAGACGUGUUCCCACAAUAAUAUGUGACAGUUUCUUAGGUUGGAUUUUUAGGAAACAAUCUAGCUUUAUGCAGUUUACAAGAAACAAUCACACAGAAAGCAAAAAGGUAGGAAAAGAUACCAGACAAAACUAAUUAAGUGUAGCAAUGGUUGUAACAAAUUCACCAUGUGUAUAUUUUUUUUAUUUUGUUCUGGAUUCAUGGAAACUUGUUAUGAGAAAUUGGGACUUGGAUUAGCUUUUAAGAAGAGAUGCAGUUUGCAUUAGCAGAAGGGAGUACAGAGAAUGCCGGAGAUAUAAAAUGACGGUCAGGGUGAGGUGAGGAACAGUCAUUGCUGGAGGGCACUAAGGGCUGCCCGUACAGGAAUGUGUGCUGCCACCUUCCCCUUCUUGGUGAAAACAGGCAGGCCAAGCCUCUCUCUCCUACAUCAAUGAGCUGGGGCCUCUGAGUUCUUUAUCUGCUCUCCAGGAGAUUCAGGUACACAUCAAAGUUGGAGAACCACUGGGUAAGAGAAUGACAGCAGGGAGUACAAGGAUCACUGGCCAGAGGCAGCUCACUAAUCUGUGACCUCUUGGGCUUAGAGCCAGGAAGGAAAAUAAGUAUUCCUAUAUAGGUUUCACUGUUGUGAAACCCUACAUCCUACAUUACUGCAUUGGAACAUAAUGCCUUGUAAGGUAUUAUUGCUCCCAUUUUAUAGAUGAGAAAACUGAGGUAUAAAGAUAGAAAGCAACUUGCCUAAGGCCACAUGGGAUUCAAACUCUGAUGUGCCUGACUUCAGAUCCUGGGGAGACUGAGUUCUGGUUUCUUUUCUGUGACCUGGAAUCUGUUACAAGGAGCACUAGAGAGUUCUGUUGUCUCUUAGCUCAGGUGAUGCUCUCAUUGUCCUUUAGAAGUGCCGCCAGAAGUUCAUGUUCGGAGACUAUUUUGUGUUCACAGGAAACUACUCUUUCAUUCAUGCCCCUUUUGUUCUCCUGAGUCAGGGAUCUCAGCUCCCUCUUUUCUCCUGGAACCCUGCAAUUAACCUAAUUGUAAAUCAAAUGAGUAGAUUUUUCAGUGACAUAAUGCAGUUUGGAACUAUAUACCUCUUAUGGGCUGCAUCUAUUUUCCCUUUCCAGUACCUCUGCAACUACAAAAAUCUUAUGUUGACAAUAGAGAUCAUGUAAUGUUUCCUUUGGUUUGAAAUUCUGUAUGACCUAAGUACUUUAGGCAAUUAUCUAUGAACAUCUAAACUAAGAAAUGGGGCAAAAGAGUGGAAGAUUGUUCCCAUUCCCAUUAAAGAAGACAUUCUCUUCUGUGUUUAACAUGGGCAAAAUAAAAGUCUGUUUAUUAGACUUCAAACACGUAUUUUCACAACACAUUUAUUGUGUGCAGCAAAGUUCAACUCUAUUUUGUGCCUGUACAUAUAAGUAUCAAAGGAAGAGCCUUCAUUCCUAGUUGCUGACAAAUAUGAAAUUGCUUUCAAGAAAACACAUGCAAAAGCAAUUACGAUUAUGAAUGGCUUUGGCAGCCACCAUCUUACAUUAUUAAUUUUGUAAUACAGUCCACCUCCUCUUCAUUCAUAUUUGAUAGGAAGCCUGUGUGGUCAAGAAGGAAGCCCAGUGCAGGAUUUAUGAAGUUAUUUGUAAGGUUUCAAGACCGUGGUGGUGCUUGUUCUGCAUUCAGGGUUGUGCUUUUCCUGCCCUCCGUGACCCGGCUCGCCUUUGAGAUAGCAACUGCUCUUUUGGAAUUCAUCAACAGAGGACUUUACAUUUGAAAGGCUUUUAAACCCCAAGACUGAACAACUGCCAGAGGGAUUUUGCUGCUGUGACCAGAGAGCUGGAGAGACACUUUCAGGGUGGACCCAGCAGAUCCGUCCGUGAAGUUUCCAGGAGUGGAGCCCCAGGCACCCCUACAGCCUCCGACACGCCGGAUCCGGCCCCGCCGCGCCAAGCCGUAAAGGGCUGGAAGGCCGGGGCGCACCGCGGCCGCCAGGGUCAUGGAGGGCGCGCUAGCAGCCAACUGGAGCGCCGAGGCAGUCAACGCCAGCGCCGCGCCGCCAGGGGCUGAGGGCAACCGCACUGCCGGACCCCCGCGGCGCAACGAGGCCCUGGCGCGCGUGGAGGUGGCGGUGCUGUGUCUCAUCCUGUUCCUGGCGUUGAGCGGGAAUGCGUGUGUGCUGCUGGCACUGCGCACCACGCGCCACAAGCACUCGCGCCUCUUCUUCUUCAUGAAGCACCUGAGCAUCGCCGACCUGGUGGUGGCAGUGUUCCAGGUGCUGCCGCAGUUGCUGUGGGACAUCACCUUCCGCUUCUACGGGCCCGACCUGCUGUGCCGCCUGGUCAAGUAUUUGCAGGUGGUGGGCAUGUUCGCUUCCACCUACCUGCUGCUGCUCAUGUCGCUGGACCGCUGCCUGGCCAUCUGCCAGCCGCUGCGCUCGCUGCGCCGCCGCACCGACCGCCUGGCAGUGCUCGCCACGUGGCUCGGCUGCCUGGUGGCCAGCGCGCCGCAGGUGCACAUCUUCUCUCUGCGCGAGGUGGCUGACGGCGUCUUCGACUGCUGGGCGGUCUUCAUCCAGCCCUGGGGACCCAAGGCCUACAUCACGUGGAUCACGCUAGCUGUCUACAUCGUGCCGGUCAUCGUGCUCGCUGCCUGCUACGGCCUUAUCAGCUUCAAGAUCUGGCAGAACUUGAGGCUCAAGACAGCUGCAGCGGCGGCGGCCGAGGCGCCAGAGGGCGCGGCGGCUGGCGAUGGGGGGCGCGUGGCCCUGGCGCGUGUCAGCAGCGUCAAGCUCAUCUCCAAGGCCAAGAUCCGCACGGUCAAGAUGACUUUCAUCAUCGUGCUGGCCUUCAUCGUGUGCUGGACGCCUUUCUUCUUCGUGCAGAUGUGGAGCGUCUGGGAUGCCAACGCACCCAAGGAAGCCUCAGCCUUCAUCAUCGUCAUGCUCCUGGCCAGCCUCAACAGCUGCUGCAACCCCUGGAUCUACAUGCUGUUCACGGGUCACCUCUUCCACGAACUCGUGCAGCGCUUCCUGUGCUGCUCCGCCAGCUACCUGAAGGGCAACCGCCUGGGAGAGACGAGUGCCAGCAAAAAGAGCAACUCGUCCUCCUUUGUCCUGAGCCAUCGCAGCUCCAGCCAGAGGAGCUGCUCCCAGCCAUCCACGGCGUGACCCACCAGCCAGGGCCAGGGCUGCCACCUGAGGCUCGGGCUGUGCUGGCGUAAGUGGUCUGCCCCUAGGUGACGGCGUAUGUUUGUGUAUAAGGUACCUAUCAGUUUGUAUCCCUCCACUCCUUGGGGUGGCUUCAGUGGGGUAGAGAGUGGCCUCCGUGAUGGAAGAUGAGAGGGGACUCAGCCAUCAGACAACCCCCUGGCCUCCUACACGUACUUCUACCACCCUGAACCCGCUGCCACCCUGGGCAGUGAGUGGCUUGUUUUUUCUCCUGGAUUUUUAAUUUCUCUCCAGUAUCUUUUUACUUCUUUAUUCUGGGCUAUUGUGAAAAGCGGUACAUAUAGGAUCGGUGACCAGUUGGGUCAGGAAGUCCAGUGUUCUGGACUUGGGGUGAGGAGUGGGGUUGGGACCUCAGAUGGGGAGGGUGGUGCUAAGAUCCUCCUGACCUCAAAGUGUAUUUGCCUUUAAGUGAACAAAUGCUGGGGUCCUUGGGGACCAGCUUGUCAGAGGGUAGCCCUAAGAGAAGGGGAUUACCUUGUAAGACCAUCUGGCACAGCGGACCUAUUAGAACUUGGGUUAAAAAUGUUUAAGAAGCUAAUGUUUAAGAAGCAUUUGGGAAAGAAAAAGAAAUAAAUGCAUCCAGAUUGGAAAAGAAGAAGUAAAACUAUUUGCAGAUGACACCGUUUUGUAUAUAGAAAAUCCUAAGGAAUUCACACACACACACACACACACACACACACGCACACACACAGCUAUUAGAACUAAUAAGCAAGUUCCGCAAGGUUUCAAGAUACAAGAUCAAUAUACAAAAAUGAAUUGUAUUUCUUUAUACUAGCAACAAACAAUAUGAAAAAGAAGUUAAAUAAUUCCAUUUAUAAUACCAUCAGAAGGAAUAAAAUAGGAAUCAACUUAACAAAACAAGUGCAAGACUGAAAACUACAAGAAAUUAAAGAAGGCUUAAAUAAAUGGAAAGACAUCCUGUGUUCAGGGAUCAGACCUAGUAAUUUUAAGAUGGCAAUACUAUCCUAACUGACAUACAGAUUCAGUGCAAUCCUUAUGAAAAUCACAGCUGGUUUCUUUGCAGAAAUUGAUAAGCUAGUCCCAAAAUUCAUAAAGAAAUGCAAGGGACCCAGAAUAGCCAAAUGAGCCUUGAAAAAGAACAAAGUUGGUGGAUUCACACUUCCUGAUUUCAUAAUUUACGAUAAAGGUAGAGUAAUCAGCUCUGUGUGUUACUGGUUUAAGGAUAGACAUACGGAGUAGAAAAAGAGUACAGACAUGAACACUUAUACUUAUGGUCAAUUGAUUUUUGACAAGGUUCCCAAGACAAUUCAAUAGAGAAAGAAGAGUGUUUUCAACAAAUGGCACUGAGACAAUGAUAUGCAUGUGCAAAAGAAUGAGGUUGGACCUUUACUCACACCAUGUGCAAAAAUCAACUCAAAACACAUCCAAGAUCCAAAUAUAAGAGCUGAAACUAUAAAAUCUUAGAAAGAAACAUAGGCAUAGAUCUUUGUAACCUUGAAUUAGGCAGUGGUUUCUUAGAUAUGAUACCAAAGGCACAAGUAACCAAUGGAAAAAUAGGUAAAUUGGACUUAAUCAAGAUUUGAAGCUUUUGUGAUUCAAAAGACCCCAUCAAGAAAGUGAAAAGAUAACCUGCAGAAUGGGAGAAAAUAUUUGCAAGUCAUAUAUAUGAUAAGGGACUUGUAUCUGGAAUAUAUAAAUAACUCUUAUAACACAACAAUAAGGAGAAAAAUAAAUCAAUUUAAAAAAUGGGCUGACGGUUUGAAUAGACAUUUCUCCAAACAAGAUAUGCAAAUGGCUAAUAGGCACAUGAAAAAAUACUCAACAUUAUUAUUCAUUAGGGAAAUGCAAGUCAAAACCACAAUGAGAUUCCAGUUUACGAUCGCUAGGAUGGCUAAAAUAAAAAGAUGGACAACAACAAGUGUCGGUGAGGAUGUAGAGAAACUGGUAGAAAUUUAAAUUGUUGGUGGGAAUGUAAAUGGUGCACCUGCUUUGGAAAACAGCUUGGCAGUACCUCAAAAAGUUAAACGUACGGUGACCAUAUGACCCAGGAAUGCCACUCCUAGGUAUUUACCGAAGAGAAAUGAAAACGUACAUACACACAAAAACUUGUACACCAAUGUUCAUAGCAACAUUAUUUGUAAUAGCCAAAAAGUGGAAACAACCCAAAUGUCUAUCAACUGAUAAAUGGGAAAUAAAAUGUGGUCUGUCCACACAAUGGAACAUUAUUAGACUCUAAAAAGAAAUGAAGUACUGAUACAUGCCACAACAUGGAUGAACCUUGAAAACAUGCUAAGUGAAAGAAGCCAGGUGCAAAAGACCACAUAUUGUCUGAUUGCAUUGAAAUGCAAUGUCUAAAAUGGACGAAUCUAUAUAGAGUGAAUAUAGAUUAGUGUUUGCCAGGGCCUGGAGGCUGUGGGAGAUGAGGCGUGACUACUAAGGGUUUGGGGUUUCUUUUUUGGGUGAUGAAAAUGUUCUGAAAUUAGUGGUGAUUGUGCACGAUUUUGAGAAUGUACUAAAAACCAAUGAACUUUAAAAAAUAAAAAUAAACAAAAAAAAUUCAACAGAUGAAUUCAGA